UGAAGAAACCCAUCUUGAAGAGUCCAUUGUUCUUCCAAAGAAAUUAGAGAAAAUGUCAGAAUCCUCACAUAAGAAGAUGAAAUUCAGCCUGCCUGGCGAUGUACUGGAGCAUAUUAUGUCAACGUUUCUUCCAAUCCAAAAUGCUUUAAGAUGCCGUCAAGUCGGAAUAUACUCUGUCAGACGGAGUCAAUUAAAGGUAGUAGGUAUAAUUGAAGAAAUUUUUAACAAUCACAUAGGAGCAGAGAUAAACCAAUUGGUUUUGAUUCUUAAUCAUAUCGGCGUGGAAGAUAAGAUUUUUAUAUGGAUUAAAAAAUGUCUUGAUAAAAAUCUCAAAGAGCUUGUGUUAGAUUUUUCCAAAUCUAAAAAAGUUUUAGAGAUACCGAUCAAUUUCUCGGCCAUCGAGACGCUAACAGUUUUGAAGCUAAAAUGGUGCAAAUUCGAGAUACCAAAUAACUCUCCUAAAGACCAAGGUGACAAAGGAGAUGAUCGAUGCAAUCUUCAGCAACUGCAUCCACCUCGAGAUACU